AUGGCAGCUUCGCAAGUGUUUUGGGUCAGACGUGGCCGCAGAUGGCUCGGCUACAGGAAGGUGGUUAAGCCACCGACCUCGCCGAGCGAGAAGCCCACGCUGCUCACCAGCCGACCCUGUGUGAAUGCGGCCAAAACGGCUGUGAAGCACGGAGAGGCCAAUGCGUUGGGCAAAGCUGAGGCGGAGGAGACGGUCAGGAAGGAGCCUUCAGUCUACGGAUUCAAUCCUGGCAUGAAGGAUCAACCCAAGUUCGUCGAUCUGCAGGCGAUAUUGGAUGAUAUUGGAGAGGAGGGAUCACCGCCAAAGAAAUACGUUGUCGUUGUGGACAAGAAGCAGCUUCGCAACUUCCAGGGUUUUGGUGUUGUUUCCAUUGAAACGAUCAUCGCUGAAUUCCUGGGGAUGUUCACCACGGCGUGCAGGGAUGUUCCAGGAGUCAUGGUGAAAUCGCGGUGCAUACUCGGUGUUCUGGUGGCUUUGCUCGGUGCUGCUUGUGCCAAGAAGGUCAAAGAUCAGGUGUUGCUGCAAGUGUCGAACUUUGACACGAACCAAGCCCUGACCUCCGUCGCGGCUUUGCGGCUCCGUGAACGCAUCGCUCGUGAUCCCAUGCUGAUUGAGAAAGAAGCUGCAGAUGCAGGAAUUGAGCUGAAACCAAUGCAGCGCAAACUGUUGACUCAACUGCGGGCAGCAGGACCCAGCAACCACACAGACCACCUGAGUUUGUUGCAGUCGGCAGGAGAUAUUGGGGAGGUGGAAUUGAACAAUAUCGCGAACGUUCUUUUGGACGUAGUGCAAGACGAGGAGAACCAACUGAAGGAUGCGAACACGGCGAUUAGCAACAACCAGAAGAAAUUGACAAGUGCAUCCAGAGCCAGCCUGAUCAAUGGACUCUCCUCAGCCACAACAGGUUGUAUCACGAAAGCGAUAAACGGUGAAAGUAUUGAUGAGGGUGAAAUGCUCAGUAUGUUCAUUGGCAUCAUUGGCACCGCUUUGAGCUUUGUGGGCAGCCCCGUUGCGGGGGCUCUUUUCACUAUGACCUUUUCAAUCAUUGGUGGCAUUCUUCCAGGCCAAAAGAAAGAAGAUCCGUUAGACAAACUCUACAAAAAGAUCAUGGCAGAGGUCCGUGAAAUCGUUACGGAGAAGGUGAACCAGGCGCAGUUCCGGGAGUUCCAGACAGAGGCAGUCAUGGUGCUCGAUGAGCUCAAGUUCGUAGCUUCCCUCCUUACCUCCACUCAGGAUGCUGCUUCAAGAUUUGAGGAUCAGCUGAACCUCAUGUGGCUCUUGAUGAUUCAACAUGACUUGCGGCUCAUUCGGUACCAGUUGUCUGGUUUCUCGGUGUGCUCCAAGGGAAGGCACUUUUCCCAAGAGUGCAGAGACUGGCACAAGAAUUGCGUCUUCAUACUGGUGGAUGACGUGCUCCAUGCCGAACGAGGGAUUGCUGUAAAGCUGCUGAAGCUGGAACCGGAAUCGGGCUUGAAAGUGGAUGCUCGGAUCGUUGGAGAGGUUCCAGAGCUGAUUGAUGUGAUUGAAGAUGGGUACCUUCAAUGCAUGGGCGAGGUCCAAGGGGGGAGCUAUUAUUCCGAUGCAGCUGAAAAUGCAUCAGACUUCUACAGAUCUGUCUGGGAACGCUUGCCUGCCCUCAUGUCCCUCAGUGAUCGUGAGGAGCACAAGGCUUACUGGGAGUAUACAAACGCCCAAAACGCAUCAAAAAGGUAUGACAUUCCAGUGGAGAUUGACAUAGACUACGAAUGCCUUGACCACCAGGUUGACAUGUACGACCAUACCUGUCCUGGGAGAUCUUUUUUGACGCAGCUGCAGUUCGAAGGAACCUUUGCGCCAUCUAAUGAUAGGUACGUCUACACCCACAUCGACGCGAAGUGCCGCAAACCUGCAGAUUGCGCUCCCCAAGACACAUCACUUUGCCGCACCAAAAGAAGCCAUGAAAAAUAUUCCUAUGGCGAAGACAACAAGUAUGUUUGGCCAAGAACCAGCGAGGGUCCUUGGAUGGGCUGUCCAGCAGGCUGGUUCGCUUCUCGUGUGCAGCUGGAGUUUAUGUCGGAGCACUAUGCUAAAGAAAAGGAUCAGGCGCAGGAAAUUCCGCUAGAAGUCGAGAUGACUUGCGACCCCUUGCUUGGAUCUGCGAUUGCCCCGCCCUCGUUGCACGUGCCCACACACAGCCGUGAACCCUGGAAAUCCAAGCAGCGUUUAGUGCAGGUGUUAAGCUUCAUCAUGGCUACCCGGCGCUGUCGCGCCGACCUUCGACUCAGGCCUAUGGCCACACUCAUUGACAUCCAGAAAUGCCAGAAAUGGAACAAGCAUGAGACGUAUGGAUUAGGAUUUUAUGGGGUUUCCAGAUGCCCCAUGGCAGCUGUGUCAGCUUCACCGGCCGAGGUCAAGUACUGGGUGAAGCGGCAUGGUCGGUGGUGCUAUUGGCGCAGAGUCCCAUGUAUUUCGGCCCAAAAAGCCGUGGAGAUUCCGGAUGAUGCGUCUUCCAUCUCCGGCGCAUCAACAGGUGCCAGCUGGGGAGGAUCGCAUGGCGCUGAGCACGAGCGCAGGUGUAAAACCACUUGGUCCAACUACAAUCCUGGAUUCAAGUGGCAUGUUAAUCUGAUCGACCUGCGUGAGCUUGGCUACGAGCAUGCAGAUCCGUAUUUGGAUUGAUGGAGCUGUUGGUGCUCAAGAAAUAGCGCUGACCGAUGUUUCCGAUGAGAGCCUGAACACUUCAAGCGUGCUCAUCCUGAGCCAAGUCAAGUGCUGAGCAUGGCAUGGCGUAGCCGGCGUUGCUCUGCAGUGCACUGAAAAUAUCUCGAGAUGCUUUGAACACUUAGCUGAUCCUGUC